AUGGACACGAGCCUUCUGGAAAAACCUCAAAGGGAUUUUUUGGAGAAAUGGAUUGAAAGGGUUAAUCGCCCUUUUCCACCCAUCAGACCCGAGUUUCUGAAGCGUGUUCGGGGCAAUGUGCUAUACCGAGAGUUUUUGAUCCGCCAUCUUGGAGAGCUGAGGAAGUUGGAUAUUGAUCUGCAUAUGGUGGACAAGCUAAUUUACAAUUACGUGGAAAAAAGAUCGUCGCGUAAAUAUGAGAACCAGCCGGAUGAUGGAUCAGUCCGGGCGGAAGCUUGGGUAGCAGCCAAGGCAAUGGAACAGUUUGAAAAGCAGCUCAAUGAGUACAAGGAAGCUCUCGAUCGGGAAAUGACCAUCAUUGGGAAGAUGCCUAGAAGCUAUUAUAGGCGUGUGAACUUGAGGAAGAUCAUAGAUGAGACCCGAAAGGCUAGAUCUGCACCAUCGUCUCCAGAGCCCGAAAAAAAGAAGAGGCGUCAGUGUGAGUGA